CGGUGGAGACUCUAGGGAACUGAUUCCCGACGAUGAGCGGCUUUGCUCCGGUGGUAUCUUUACGGUUCUUUCAUGGUCUUUCGUUGGAUGGUUCUGUUUUGGGGAAACUAUGGUUUUAUUGGAUGAAGAUUCAUCAGAUCUGGCGAGGAACAGGGGAAAUUUGGGAUUUUGAGUACAUGGUUUUGAGUCUCGGUGGCUUGAAGGGUUUCAAUCUUGCCUUGUUAGUGCUGGUAUGUGAGGCUGUUUCAACUGGCGAAGGGGUUUUGGUAGUGAAACCAGUUUUUGUUCGGGUAAGAAUGAGGGAGGAGAGUCCCGGGUAUGUUUUGCUUUUUUCCUGUGAGAAUUUGCAAGUUCUGGGAUCCAUGGAAAAUGCAGGAAUCUCAUUAUCGGAGUCAGAGAGAGAUGAUUUGGGGAAUUUUCAUUUGGGUUUGGCUAUCGUGUUGAUGGAUUUUGGUAAAUCGGAUCUCGGAUUGCUUGUUUUCGGUGGUCAUUUGCAAGCUUUUGUUAUGUGGGUUAGAGAGGAAUCUCAAAUUGCGGUGGUGAUUAAGGAUGUGAUCCGAUCUUGGUUUGUUUCUGGUUUACAGAGUAAGAGAUCUGUGGUAUCAAAGGAUUGCUCUGUUUGAUUCUCUGUUUCUGUUUCUAUAAAGAGUAGAUCUUGUUGACUCUUUCUCCAAUCUUGUUUAUAAGAUUCUGAAUUAGUGAAAAUAGAACAAAGUUUGUUGU